AUGGGUCACAAUUCAUCCAAAUUUAUCUUGAAAGGCACCGGCUAUCAGUUGAAAAUGCCUACUGAUGAGGAGGAUCCUGUGAAAGGUGAUUCAGGCAUCAAGAGUGAAGAAAGUAUUGAUCCGUCCACAUUGCCUACCCCGAAAUUUUUCAUGAAUUGCUGCAAUGGAUCGCAUAUAGUACUCCCUCAGUUGAAACGAUUAGGGUGGAGUCGUGUAACCGAUAAAAAUGAUCUCGAGAAUUGUGUCCUCAAGUGGACUGAAACAGUAACACAACAGAAUUAUCAAGAUUUCAAAGAGGGCGAAUGCAUGGUAAAUCAUAUACCAAACUGCGGUCUCUUUUGUAAUAAAUUGGGACUACUAAUGACACUUCGAAGUUUCUCUGAGAGAAUUGGAUUUGAGGACAAUGAAGAAACUCCCUUCAAUUUUAUCCCAGAAACUUACUGGCUUGGUAACUCAAACGAGAGGACAAAAUUUUUGAAUCAAUUAUCAGGUGAGGGAAUUUGGAUUAUGAAGCCUUGCGGUUCAAAUCAAGGAAAAGGCAUCUGUCUGGUACACUCAAAGAGGGAAUUCCAUAAAAUUGAGCGAGCUCAUGGAGAAGCAUUUCAUCAAAAUCGAAUUGUUCAGAGGCAUAGGAAAUUCGAUAUUCGCUGUUACUUGAUGAUAGCAAGUACACUGCCCUAUCUAGUGCUAUUUGCGCCUGGUUACAUUCGACUUUCUCUUCACAAAUAUGACGUCGAUGAUACCAGUCUAAUUACUCAUCUCACAAAUCAAUGUAUUCAGAGGAAAGAUCCAGCAUAUGCUAACUCAAAAGAAGAUUCUGUGUGGACGUUUUCAAUGUUAAAUGAGUAUAUUAAUAAAAACGUUGCUCAAGAGAAGAAAUUGCCAUACAAUUGGGUUAUGCGAAAACUCUUGCCCGAAAUGAGGAAAAUAUCGAGACGCGUUUUCAACGCAGUGAAGGAAAAGCUUGCCUGUAGAAUAGGAUUCUUCGAAAUCUACGGAAUGGAUUUCAUGGUUGACGAUGAUAUGAAGGUAAUUCUUUUAGCUAGAAUAUUAUUCUAUUCAAAUUUGAGGUCUGAUAUUAGCAUUGAAUGCUUUGAAAAGGCUCGUCGAUGGCAACCCCUCUUGCCGAUUCGUGGAAUUUUUCCGCGCAAUUCCGCUAAAUACCAUUCCAUAUCCUGGAACAUAGGGCUGAAAGAACGUCAAGAGUACUUUAACAAUAAUGGUCUACCCUCAUCCUUUUCGGUUUUGUAUAAUGAACGAUUAUCAUCUGCUAUAUCGCGUCAAGCUGGCUGUUACAAGAUUCCUUUGGAGCCAUGGUUACCACCCAAGCCAACUUUCUUGUUCACCUCGACUGGAACAUCACCAUUAUCGAUUAAAAUAUUCCCGAGGUCUGUCCCAGAUCAACUGUACAAACAAGAGGAUUUUAAAAAAGCUAAAACAGGUCGAUCUUCUAGUGCUUCCUUUAAAGGAGUCGGUAUUCGAUCAUACGGUUCGAGCCAACCAUUCAAGAGAGAUCGGGGGUCUUCUUUACCAAAGUUUAUAAACUUAGCAUCAAGAAAAAGUAAAGCGAAAGGAACAUAUUGUGAAGGGGAUGAUGAUAUCCUAAGGCAGUUGGAAAUAUCCAAAAAAUUGCUCAGUAAUUUCGAAAAUUAUGAAAAGCUGAAGAAGUUGCCUAAAAUUUCAAUUGAACCUGGUGAUAUGUUGCGAUUUAUUCAAGGUGUUAGAUUCACGUCUAAGGAAAGGAAUAUUAUUUAA